CAGUAUUGCAAUAACAACGACCCGGAAUCGGCUGAAAGACACAGAAGAAGACCAACAUGGCGUCUCUCAGCACUGCUGAGUGGAGAGCAAUUUGCGACAAAUUUACCAACGCCCAAAACCUGACUGAUAUAGAAUCACGGAAUGACCCAGAAAAUGACCCGUUCCGCUCCAAAUACAAGGCCAGGGAGCUCCUCAGAGAAAUAUACUGCUCUCUGAAGAGCUUGGAGCCCGGCGAUAGUGAGGAGGACAGCGGCGGAGAGAGCGGCGAUCAACGGCCGACAGAGCCACCGGUGGACGGGCAGAUUGAGGAUGUGUUCGGUCAGGGCUUCAGCGGCGACUCGCCAGCCGGGAUGAGGGCCGCUAAACUCGGGGCUGUGGAGUACUAUCUCGGCGUCAACCACGUCGACACAGAGGAGCUGUCAGCCGGGCAGGAGCAUCUGAUGAACUGCAUGAAGCUGCUGGAGAGAUGCAGGGUGUCGUCCGAGAAUGUGUCACUGUUCAUUCAUGUCAGGAACCAGCUGGGCAUCCUCUGGGCAGGCCGGGAUGAGACGGAGACGGCUCAGGGAUUUCUUGAAACAGCAGAGUCCAUCUACCAACGUUACAUGAAGGAGGAUGGAAGUCCUCCCACUGAUAUGACGGAGUACUUUACAACUGAGGAGAAGCUGCUGACACAUCAGGAAAGGACAAAGAGGUUUGAGUUGGCUUACACCCAUACCAUGUAUUAUCUUGCUCAAGUCUAUAAAAACCUUGGUGAAACUGAGCGUGCUGCGACCUACUGCCACAAUACCCUGCAGAGACAGUUACAGUUAAAUCAGUUCAGUCCAAUGGAGUGGGCUCUGAACGCUGCCACACUAUCACAGUAUUACAUCACUAAGGGCAGAUACAUGGAAGGUAGACAUUGCCUUUCAGCAGCUACUGUCGUAUCAGGUUUGGCAGGAGAGGUUCCCUCUGAGGCUGCAGCACAGGAAAGUGAGACAGAGAGUGAGCGCAGGGAGCAGCUCAGGCAGAAGAGAGCAGAGAUUGCGAGAUGCUGGAUCAAAUACUGCCUCAACCUCUUGCAGGAUGCUAAGAAGCUGCUAGAGGACAACAUUGGAGAGCUGGAUACUGAUCGUCAAGAGGAGCUGAAGAGAGCGAGAAGACGUGAGGAGGAGGAGGAAGAAGAGGGCAGGAAGAGCGCUCUGCUGUUUGGCUCUGAAGACACCUUUGACUCCAUUGCUAGCCUGGAAGAGAAGGUGAGCUGUUUGUUCCCACUGGACUUCACUGAGGCCAAAGGUGUGUUUCUGGUGGGACAGAAUUAUGUCAUACAGGCCAAGGAGUACUUUGAGAUGGACGGCUAUGUGACGGACCACAUAGAGAUCUUGCAGGAUCACAGUGCUCUUUUCCGAAGCCUGGCUUUCUUUGAAGAGAGUCUGGAGCAGCGCUGCAAAAUGCACAAACGAAGAAUUGACAUGUUGGAGCCAAUCUGUAAAGACUUGAAUGCCCAAUACUACCUGCUGAUUCGCAGACAGUUGAUGUUUGAGUUGGCUGAGACCUUCAAUGAAAUGAUGAACCUGAAACUAACACUGGCCAACAGACAAGCGGACACACAGUCUCUCGAUAAUCACACCAUUAAGAAAUUUAACACACUCUGCUCUUCCUCUGCCAAAUAUUUCCAGAUGUUCUUAGACUCCCUCUGCUCUCCAGAGGGGAAGUUUCCAGAGCACCUAGAGGAGGAGGUGCUCAGACCAGCUCUGGUGGCCCGCUUCAGAGUGGCUCGACUCUACAGCCAGCUGAUCUCGCCCCUCCCCACUGUUCAGCUGGACAACCUCAACAAGUCCCUGGAAAACUACAAAUAUGUGGUGGAGUACUGUGAGACCCACCCCGAGGCAGUAGCCACAGUGGAGACGGAGCUGGAGCUGAGUAAGGAGAUGGCCGGCCUGCUGCCUCUCAAGAUCAACCGCCUCAAAGCAAGAAUGGCUGCAAACAAUUAAAGGACAUCACUGUUCAGUGUUCACUGACUUGCUUACUGGUUGACUAACAGCUUGUGAUGAAGCGGUUUCUUCAUAUUCAUGCUGAAAAAUAUUUGAAACUUCGAGUCCUCAAGCUCAGUUUACUUUGACGUGCAGUCAUUUAUAGAGCUCACAGCAGAGCCUCAAAACUAGAUCUGAGGCACUGCAGCACCUCUAAAAAACUGUAAUUCUUCUGUUCAGUUAUGCUUCAUUAGAUGGGAUGCUGUAAUAUGUUAAAUAAUUAAUCAAGAAAAAAAGCUAAAUGUAAGAUAUUUUUGGUGAUGCAAAAUAUGAAUGUACCUUAAUAGGCCCAAUGUCACUGUGGGCUCAUGUCUUUUAACUUCAUGGUUGUUAUUUACAUUUUAUAUGAGUUACAGUGUGAUGUGAUAUUCAUUAAAUGAACCUUCCUUAAUAUAAUUAUUACUUGGCAUGAGAUGGAAAAACUCCCAUAUCUUGCUAGUGUACGUUGCCAUGUUUGUCAGUAAUUCUUCUGACUUGACUUGUGUUUUAACACUGAGGUACAUGAAUGAGUAAGUGACCAAACCAUAAACUGAAUGAAGCUCCUUCUGAAGCUGCAGUGACAUCUGAAGCAUCAGUAACGUGGUUUUCUUUGUCUACUGAAACAGUGAGAUUCACAGAAGUGAAGCACGCUUCGAUAUCAUCCACCCAUCUCUGCUAAUAGUAUUAAAUCCAUGCAUGAGUUAAGUUUACCACCUCAUAGUCAAUGGACACUCCCAGCAAUUAGAGAAACUGGAAGGCAGAUUCACAGACUUUCUGUCUUAUUGUUAUGGGUGUUGGCCUGUGGCCUUGUUUUGUGCAGUGGGCAUGCUGCGUCGACAAGAGCUUUUAACACAUUACACACUGUACAUACUGUGUGUGCUCUCUCCUGUGUUGCAUUAUUAAGCGUGAUUAGUGUAAUUUAAAUUCAGAUAGAACAUCAAAUUUCCUCCCUUCAAAAUGAAUAUGAAAAUGUCUAUCCGGUUCACACUUCUUGUCUAUUUUUAAUCAUAUUGGUUGUCAUUUAAUGUGUCUUGUUUUCUGUAAAACACUUCAGCGCAGUAAUAAUCUGUUACUUAAGCUGCUUUAUGUUUCUGAUGAUAAAAUAAAUGUUAACACCUACUUUGACCAGAGCGAAUGUGCCCACGGUAUGAAUAGGCAGCCAGAUGUGCACAUCCCAUCCCAGUGACUUAGUGGACAUUAUUCGAUGUCAUAAUCUGCAUGAUGCCAGUUAAAUGUGUGUAUUUUUUCCCUGUCUCAGAGGGAUCACAAUGUCAUCUUGUUUUAUGUACUGUAGAUAUUGUAUGUAAUGCUAAAAAAAAAAAGAAAAAACACCACUGAAGUAAUAUACACUUACAUCACACUACCAA